GCAUCGUACACGCUCCCGACACUGCCCCUUUGUCUUAAAUGUACAUUACAACCUUUCUCUCUCCAAAAAAACGCUUAUCCCCGAGAAAUUUGCUGAAUCCGAUGGGAUUAACCUGACCAUUUUUUCACCAUUUAAGUAUCUCCCCACACCAUUAAAAUCUCUACCAUUUAUGCUUUACUUAAUUGCCGACACUUUUCACCUCCCAAUAAUAAUAGUUCACGACUCUCUCUCUCUCUCUCUGUCCCUCUGGUCCAAAGGGGUCAUGUCAUUCUCUUUAGAUGGAGAGGAGUUGUGUAGAUGAGGACGGAACUCGUGUGAGGUAAAAGUUGUUGGAAAAGAACAGUUUCUCUUCUACUUUCUUUUUCAUUCAUGAUUCUUGUUGAAUUUUUGCUUUAAUUUGGUUCUUUUUGGCUACUUUUUUUGUUCUGGGUUGUGUCAGAUCUAAACUUUCACAAACCCAGAUGGAUCUAUGCGUGAAAUUGGAUUUUCGCCUUGUUAUGCUUUAUGUUUCAACAUAAACGAGUUCUUUUGCAUCAAGUUGUAUUGGUUGCUACUAUUUCUGUUCUGGGUUUGGGCCAGAGCCCGGCGAAGGGGUAAAAGGUUUUUUGGUGGGAUGACUCUUGAGACUUGACUAAUUCUGAUUGCAUAUAUAUUCUUAAAACUUGCAUCAACUGGGAGGAGGAUAGAGUAGUUUUUCAAUUUAGAGUUUCUCAGUUAACUACCACUUGGAAUUUUUGCAAAUUGGGUUAAUCUGAAGGAUUGCUGCUUGGUAUAAUGAUGAUGUUUGAUGAAAUGGGAUUUUGUGGUGAUCUUGAUUUCUUCUCGACUCCGGUAGAGAAAGGAGAUGGGGCUGCGCCGCAGACUGAACCGGAGGGGACUGUGGAUGAUGACUAUACUGAUGAAGAGACUGAUGUUGAUGAGCUUGAGAGGAGGAUGUGGAGAUGCAAAAUGCGACUGAAAAGACGAAAAGAAUUGAAUAAGGGUAAGGAAGGUGUUGAUUCUGCCAAGCAACGGCAGUCUCAGGAACAGGCGAGGAGGAAGAAGAUGUCGAGGGCACAAGAUGGAAUUUUGAAAUAUAUGUUGAAGAUGAUGGAAGUUUGUAAAGCUCAAGGGUUCGUUUAUGGGAUUAUUCCUGAGAAGGGAAAGCCUGUGAGUGGGGCAUCAGACAAUCUUCGCGAGUGGUGGAAGGAUAAAGUGAGAUUCGAUCGAAAUGGUCCGGCUGCCAUAGCGAAAUACCAAGCGGAUCAUUCUAUUCCGGGCAACAACGAGAGCUGUAAUUCGAUUGGUCCUACUCCCCACACUUUACAAGAGCUUCAAGAUACCACCCUUGGCUCCUUAUUGUCAGCACUCAUGCAGCACUGUGACCCUCCUCAGAGGAGGUUUCCAUUGGAGAAAGGUGUUCCCCCUCCAUGGUGGCCUAGUGGGAAUGAGGAAUGGUGGCCUCAGUUGGGUCUGCAUAGGGAUCAAGGUUCACCACCUUAUAAGAAGCCUCAUGAUCUGAAGAAGGCCUGGAAGGUGGGGGUUCUCACUGCUGUGAUCAAGCACAUGUCUCCCGAUAUUGCGAAGAUUCGCAAACUUGUAAGGCAAUCUAAGUGCUUGCAAGACAAGAUGACAGCCAAGGAAAGUGCCACUUGGCUUGCUAUCAUCAAUCAGGAAGAAGCCUUGGCUCGGGAACUCUAUCCCAACUGCUGCCCUCCUUUAUCCAUGGCUGGUGGGAGUGGAUCUUUUGCCAUGAACGAUAGCAGUGAGUAUGAUGUUGAAGGGGCCGAAGACGAUUCUAAUUUUGAUGUGCAGGAGCAAAAACCUAACAAUCCCAAUUUGCUGAAUAUUGGGAUGGAGAGAUUUACGGAUAGGCUGCCAGUUCAACAACUAUCUCAUUCAAUUAAGGAUGAAAUCAUCACCAACUUAGAUUUUACCAGAAAGAGGAAACCAGCCAAUGAACUGAACAUACUGAUGGAUCACAAGAUCUAUACAUGUGAGAUCCUUCAAUGUCCUCAUAGUGAGCUCCGCAAUGGGUUUCAGGACAGGUCUUCCAGAGACAAUCAUCAAUUGACUUGCCCAUAUCGAAGUGGUUGUUCAGAGUUUGGAGUGUCAAACUUCCAUAUUAACGAAUCGAAACCGAUGGUCAUAUCUCAACCUUUUGUUCAGGCCAAGCCAGCUGCAGCACAGAUUAACUCAGUGCCUCCUUCCUUUGAUCUAUCAGGACUUGGAGUUCCAGAAGAUGGGGAAAAGAUGAUCAAUGAGCUUAUGUCAUUUUAUGAAACCAAUAUUCAAGGAAACAAGAACUCAAAUUCUGGGAACAUUCCAGUUACUAAAGAUCAAUCUCUUCAGCAACAAAGUAUUCACUUUCAACAGGACAACUAUCUCCACCAUCAAGGGAUUACGAUGGAGGGUAAUAUUUUUGAAGAGACUAACAUUCCUGUCAAUCGUCCAGUGUUUUCGCAAGAAGAACGGUUUGAACAGUGCAAGAUUCUAAAUCCUCCUUUCAACAUCCACCCUAAUGACAAUUUCCACCUGAUGUUCGGGACACAAUUCAAUGUACAAUCUGUUGAUUACUCUGGCGAUUUACCUGGAGUUGCAAGGGAUACAUUGUCAAAGCCGGAUGUUUCUCUUUGGUACUAAGGAUAGACUGCUGAUUGAUUAUCAAGUAUUCAACCUUUAAGGUAUAUUGAGCUGUUCAAUUCUAAGGGAGAAGAUCUACUUGGUCUGCUCUGAUUCGAUUAAGUUUCUUCCAUCUAGACGAUCGUCGUUAUGGUGUUUUACUUACCUUACAGUUGUAGAGUUUGAAGUGCUAGACAUGGUGGUGUAAUAAACAAGUGGGGAAGGUCCCCAUAUCUACUCUACUGUUGAAAUGGUUAGCCCUGUAGAUGUUAUAUAAAUAAUUUAGUUUGUAUUUGGCUUUCUAUAACUCUGUUCAGCCAUAAGUUUAGUUUGGAAUCUUAUUGUGCUGUCCAUUAGUGUUUGUCUCUGUUUUGGCUGUACUUUGCUGAAUGGAAAUUUGAUUGUCUCUUCUUGCAAUUUGUUGGUCAUUUUUUUAAGUUGGCCCAAGGCAGUUAUUG